AUGAAUUCUGAAGCAGUUCCCGCAGAGAUAUGGAUCGAGAUAUUUCAACUGCUCUCCCUGCCCUCCGAUCUGUACAGCGUCAUGCGCUCUUGUAAGCGCUUCCACGACCUCGCCAUUCGCUCUAUACAUCGCCAUGUCAUCUGGAGGACUCCCGAACAGAUGGCACACAACCUCCCUGUGUGGGACGCGAACGAGGGCAUGCACCUGGCCACUCGGACCCUUGAACUUGGUGUGUCUCUCCUACCCGGUCAUUGUUCGGGAUUCGUCGUAGACUUCGGCGGCCUUCCCAUCCACAUGCGUUCUCGCGAGCGGAACUUCCUUCGUUCGCAAUUUCCUGAGCAGCAGUCCUACGCCUCUCCGAACCUACACAGGGCAAUGCUCCAGCGCAUCACGUCCUUCGGGAACCUCGAAAACUUGACAUUCUACGGCCUUCUCCUGACGCCAGAGCACUUUAAGCUCAUCCACGCGCUCCCGCUUCUGCGCGCUCUGCACGUCGACUCCUGCGUCGUCCCGUGCCGCAGCACAGCACAGACGCUGUCGCACCAGACGCUGCCGAUCACCGAACUCGCGCUGCUCAACCUCCGCCGGCGCGGUCCAGAUCCGCACGGCGAGCUGCUCAUCGAAGAGGACAUGAUGCACGUCCUCACGCUCUCGCUCGCGCAGAACCUUCGCACGCUCCGCGUCGACUCGACCGCGGACGUGUUCAAGUACGUCUUCAGCGUGCCCAGCUGGGGCGCACAGACGAACGCGAACGAGAUCCCACCACACCUCGAGCGGCUGUACAUCCAACGCAAGCGGCUCGUGCUGCCCUCGAUCGCCGGCGAGUCGGCGUUUCCAGACUCGAACCUGUACUCGUUCCUCUCCCGCGCCCGCUCGCUCACGACGUACUCGACGUACCACCCGACGCCGCAUCACCAGCACUUGCGUCCGGGGACGUUGCCGCUGUUGCGAUGCUAUUCGGGGCCGGUCGAGUCGAUCGCAGGGAUCUUGCCGAAUCGGCCCAUCGUUGCGCUGCAGCUGCUGCAGUGCACCCAUGGGCAGUACGGGCUGCACAACCAUAGGGAUGGUAUUUCCGCAUUGACCAAUAUCGCGACUGCCUUCCCGGACUUGCAAAUGCUCUCCGUCGAGUUCUCGACGUGGGAUGACGAGAUCAUGCAUGCCAUCUGUAGCCUGUUCCAUAAGCUCCGGCGGCUGAAGAUCACCUACGAGCACGGUGGUCCCUCUGAGAUGACAAUGGUGACAAUGGGACCAGAGUUCCUCGCGCGCUUCCCCGAGAUGCACAAGCUCCAGAUCUACGCGACCCCUCAGCAUGACAUCCGCAAGCCAGCGCAUCCUCCGUUCCUUUUUGACGCCUCGUUCGACUCUAUCGAGGAGGAGUUGCGUAACCUCGUCAUUCCCUGGAACAGGUGGUGUCCUGCCCUUCGCGAGGUGCAGCUGUCGUCCGGCUAUGUCAUGCGUAGGGGCUACGAUGGCGGAGUGUGGCACCUCUACAGGCUGAAGCGCCUCGAGGAGUUCGAGGAAUUCCAUUUCUGA